AUGUCACUCACCGCUACAGAUUUGGGGAAUAUUUUACCAUUGAUUAAUAGAGGUAAAGUUAGAGAUAUAUAUCAAGUUGAUUCAAAUACUUUAUUGUUUAUAGCAACCGAUCGUAUAUCUGCGUAUGAUGUUAUAAUGGAGAAUGCAAUUCCUAAUAAGGGGAUUCUUUUAACCAAAUUAUCCGAAUUUUGGUUUGAGUUUUUAAAAGAUGAUGUAAGAAACCAUUUAGUCGAAAUUCCAAAAGGGAAAUCGAUCUUUGAUUUCCUACCGAAAGAACUAGGUGAGCCAAAAUAUAGAUCUCAGAUCGAAAAUAGGUCAAUGCUAAUUAAUAAGUUUAAACUAAUUCCUUUAGAAGUUAUCGUUCGCGGCUAUAUAACAGGAUCUGCUUGGUCCGAAUAUCAAAAGAGCCGCACUGUACAUGGCUUACAGCAACCGGAUGGGUUGUUAGAAUCACAAAAGUUUCCUAAACCUAUAUUUACACCUUCAACAAAAGCUGAACAAGGUGAACAUGAUGAAAAUAUAUCCAUUGAACAAGCUUCGAAGCUGAUUGGAAAAGACUUAGUAAACAGAGUGGAUGAGCUUGCAGUGAAAUUAUAUUCCAAAUGUAGAGAUUAUGCAGCUAAGAAGGGUAUAUUAAUUGCUGAUACUAAAUUUGAAUUUGGUAUUGAUGAAAAGACAAAUGAAAUUAUCUUGGUUGAUGAAGUCUUAACACCAGAUUCUUCAAGAUUUUGGAAUAGUGCGACUUAUGAACUAGGAAAAUCACAAAAUUCUUAUGAUAAACAGUUUUUAAGAGAUUGGUUAACUACCAACAAGCUAAAAGGUGUCAAUGGUGUAAAAAUGCCAGAAGAUAUUGUUAUGAAAACAAGAGCCAAAUAUAUUGAAGCCUAUGAAAGAAUUACUGGUAAAACUUAUACUUUAUGA